AUGCAGGACAAUGCACCGAUCACCGACACCGCGUUGGACUUCCACAACAUGAUUCUCGCCUCGGAGCUUAACCGUGUCUACCCCGAACUUUCCCGAGCGGUGGUCGAGUCCCGGAUUGGCUCCAUCCUGUAUCGCGCUCUCGAUGUCCAAUACGAGAUACCGCGGCAGCCCGAGAAGAGUCUCGACUGUGGGGUCUACGCAGCCAUGUACCUCCACUUGCACGUGACAACCAACUUCCAACUCCUCGGCGGUCCAAUCGCAUUCACAACUGCACCCCUGCGAUACCGUCGCGACUGGCAGGCAGACAUGUGCGCCCAUAUCUCUGGCAAUCUGCUAUCUGCCCUUCAAACUGCCGGCCUCACUCUUCCCCCCCAGAAGCUCACACGUGCAGGUGCCGUGCCUACCGGUGGAGACGUGUCAGAGAUGAGCGGUGUCGUCCGGGAGACGAGCUCCGAAGUGCAGACCCUGAAGAAGGAGGUCGCUGCUCUGCGCGCAGAUUAUGCCGAGCUGCAGUCGAAGUUCACCAGCGUGAGCCAGCAGUUGUUUGAGCGCGUGGGGGCAAUGGAGAAGGCACGGGACACCGCGAACAAAGAGGGCGUGUUGGGUGCCCCUGUUCACGGUGACGUGGCCUCUCCAUCCAAGCGGGUGGACUCCAGUCCCGACCCGGGUCUCAGAGACACCGCGGCCUCCCCCCUUGCAGGAUUUCGGCAGGCCUCGCGGAUUGGGCCCAACGAAGAGGCAGCGCCGCCGCACCAGCACCACCGUGCACCACACUACGCACCUGCAUCGCCGUCAACCGCCCCCGCUACUGCACAGCCUCAUCAGCCUAGCGUGCCACCGGGCCGGGACGCGGUAUACUAUCAGCCGGGCACAUCCCGCCCUGCCCCGCCGCAGCGACCGGUCGCUCCAAUCCCAUCUACGCCUCGCCCGCCCGCUCCCAUAUACCCAGGCUUCGCUACCGGGCCACCUUAUGCUCCCCCGCCCGAUAUGCCGUUUUACUGGCAAGGAGGUCCCCAGCAGCCCGCACCCCACCCGCAGCAGUCGUUCGCACCGCCCGCCAUCCCGAGUAUGAGUGGCGCGGGUGAAGGCGGCGGGGAAUGGAUGCGCGACGCCUGUGGCGAGGCAGGUGUAGCUGGAGCUGCAACCGAGACCUUCAACGGUGGACGUCCAAAGUCCAAGUACGCGGGUGUUACCGGGGGGGGAGAUGUUUGGUACGCCAAGCUGUUGAUGGUGGCCCCUCAAAACCCCAUACGCAUGGGCCCUUUCCCGAGCGAGGAGGAGGCAGCUAAGGGUUACAAGGCUGCCGCAGUGGUCGUACGUCCACAGGGUUAUCGCAUCCAGCGCAGUAUUGAACUGACCCUGUCGGAGCAGCAGCUGCUGACCGGGUGCACCAGGCAGCACGUGGCAAGCCUAGCCGAGCGUGGCCUCUGGCAAAGGUGGCGCGAAUGGCGGCAGCUCAUGCAGGAGCUGCCGCCGGCUCCGCUGCUACAUGUUCCUCACGCCCCCACCAUGCUGCCUCCGCGCACGCAAGCACAGCCGAGCAGCAGCCAGGCAACACAGCCUCCGGGCAUGGGCCACUCUCGAGCACAAUGUGGUCAGCAGCAAUAUUUGGAUGAGCACCAGCACUUCAAUUGA